GCCUUCUCCUUUGUUUGUUCACCAUGUUUACUCAACCAGGCAUUUUUCUUUCUUUCUUUCUUUCUUUUUUUUUUUUCUUUGUUUAUUUUUUUGGGUGUCUUGAUUUGUUCGGUCUAUAUGACUCUUGGGAAAGCGCAGAGGACAGGCGCCAAGACAACGGUAAAGGCAAAUGCAAAAGAGAUCUUGUAUGGUACUGCCAAUGGGUACUUAGGCCAGUUGCUUAUGGACACAGACUCCAUACACCGUGGGUGGGUUGUGGAGCCGGGUAUGAACAGAACAGGAGGGAUUCACUGCAUAAGUGCGAAGGUUGAUUUCACGAAGACUGGAAUAAAUGAUAUUGUUGUCGGAAGAGAUGAUGGUAGCAUUGAGGUUUAUGCAGCUCUCACUCCAGAGAUCGCUCCACAGUUGGUCUAUCAAAAAUGUAUUGGGGAGUCGAUCUCGACAAUCGAUGCUGGUUUUGUAACAUCCACUGUGAUGGAGGAUAUCAUUGUGCAGACAUUUUCAGGGAAGCUGCCGCUCAACCACAAUCAACGUGGGCAGCCUUGUGCGUAAGAGGCACAGUAAAAGGGGAGCUGCAAGAACAAUGAAAGGGGUACCCCAAG